UUCGCUCACGUGGUACAUGGUGCAUGCAGUGUCUAUCUAUUUAUUAUUUGCAGAUUUUUAGUUUAAUAUAGAAUAAAUAUAUUAGUAAUGUCGCACGAUUGGUAUGAAUCAAUAGAACGCCCACGUUUUGUGGCUGCACCUAUGGUGGAUGCGAGUGAAUUAGCUUGGAGACUACUCUGUCGUCGUCACGGCGCACAGCUAUGUUACACUCCAAUGUUCCACAGUAAUAUCUUCACAAAGGACCCUAAGUACAGAAGGGACAGUUUACAAACAUGUAAUGAAGACAGACCUUUGAUUGUACAGUUUUGUGGCAAUAACCCUGAAACCAUGGCUGCAGCGGCAAAGCUAGCAGAAAACUACUGUGACGCCAUAGACAUAAACCUGGGGUGUCCACAAGCUAUCGCUAAGAGAGGAAGAUAUGGCUCUUUCCUCCAAGAUGAAUGGGAAUUAUUGAAAAAUAUUGUUCAAGCCAUGUCAAAAGCAGUGUCAGUGCCAAUCACAUGCAAGGUGAGAAUAUUUGAAAGUGUUGAAAAGUCUGUAGAGUAUGCAUUGAUGUUGCAAAAUGCUGGAUGCAAACUGCUCACAGUUCACGGCCGGACCCGAGAACAAAAAGGGCCUCUCACAGGAAUAGCCAGUUGGAAGCAUAUCAAAGCUGUUAGGGAUGCAGUGUCAGUGCCCAUGUUAGCAAACGGUAACAUUCAAUGCUUAGAAGAUGUGUACCGGUGUAUAGAGUACACCAAUGUUGAUGGCGUCAUGAGUGCGGAGGGGAUCCUCACAAAUCCGGCCCUGUUCAGUGGCGUCAAUCCUGUCUCCUGGGAAAUGGCUGAGGAAUACCUGGAUUUGGUGGAGCAGUACCCAUGCCCAUCAUCUUAUAUUAGAGGACAUUUGUUUAAAAUAUUUCAUAAAAUUUUUACGAUAGAAGACAACAAUGACGACCGACAACUGUUAGCUACUGCACAAAACCUCCAAGAGUUUAAACAAGUGUGUAGAAAUAUUAAAAGUAAAUAUCUAAAUUACCAUGAAGGUACGGAACACCUUGAGGAAAAUGAAGCAGUAACAAAGAUAGGAUUUAAUUUAAUACUGCCGCCAUGGAUAUGCCAACCUUAUGUAAGGAUGUCACCAGAGGAACAUACGCAAAAAAUGGAGAAUUUAAAUAGAAAUCAGUGUCCAGAGAUCAACAAAUGUUUAUUGUUAAUAAAUAAUAUUAAUCAGUUUAGAAAAAAGCAUCUACAAUUCUUCUUUUAUCAGGACAGUGAUAACCAAUGUAAAAGAAAUCACGAAGACACAGAUGGAACCACAAUAUCGCGGAAGAAGAUGAAAAAACUUCGCCGUGUUUCGAGGAGACCUAACAAGCCGCAACCGAGGACCGGCGAGAUUUGUACGAACGACAAAUGUCCUAACCCUCUUGGAGGAAAAUGUGGCUAUCAUCUUUGCAAGAAGUGUUGUAGAAACAAAUGUUUUGAAGAGAACCUUGACUGCAUGGGACACAGAAUUCAUGUAAAGACAAGACGAGAAAUGGCCAUGAAACAUGCCAAAGAAAACAUUAGUUGUGCAGAAAAUAAUGUUGCGACAUAAGAGGUUUUUUGUUAUGUGAUUGUAUUAUAUUUACAAAUGUAAGUUGGAAAUGUAUUUUAUAUUUAUAUUAUAAUUUAUGUCCACUUCAAAAUAAGACAGUU